AAAACGUCAGGAGGCGCCACCGUCCCCCAUCAAAGUGCAUCAUCGCGAAAGAAAACGCCAAAAAGGCGACGAACGCGACGAACUGGAUCGCAAAAAGUCUUUUCCUUUUGUCUGUAAACCGCAGUGAAAAGAGAAAGUGGUGGCGCAAGCAAUCACCAAAUCCCGCAUCAUCCGUCGAUCGUCGUACUUUUUGUUGGCCGUGUGCAUAUUUUCCUGUUCUGUGUGUGUCCCUAAAAAUAAGUUAAUGGAAAACGCAACAUCGUAGAAGUGAACAAACUGAAAAUCCUUGGAGUGUAUUGUGGGGGAACUGCGUUGACUUGAUUAUGGAUUAAAUUGGUGAAAGAAUCAUCUGUCAAAAAGCGGAUAGUCACGAGCAUCGCAGGAGAGCUGCUGAACGCGGAGGAGCAUCAGCCGAUAACAAGUGAACGCGGGGACGGCGGAUUGGUUUGCGUGCAUAAUCGAAGUCUGGAAGGCGUGGAUCAUCAUCCCGAGUGGCGAGAUAGUGAUACGGGUCCGUAGCCCAACGAACACAGUAGGAUGUGGUUUGGCAUCCAUUAAGGGACUGUAACACGGCAUUUAACGAAACGCAAUAGAAAAACGAAAGGCCUCCGAACUGGGUGAACUAAAUCUAGGUCACGUACUGCCCAUUUUGUUAGCGCUGUUUGCCAAUUUGGAGGAAGCUAGCAGAAUUUGGGCAAAGAUACGGAAGAAGAUGGACGGAAGUAUUGUGGGGGGUGCCGGUGGUGGAGGCACCAGUGGUCCUGCCAGUGGUUCCGGUGGACGAGAUAUUCGGGACAGUGAUGAUAGUGGCGAUGAGAACGCUCUGGAGACUAAUGGGCAGUCACGGUUAAUGAAACUAUCGGAUCCUCUUAUACGGAGUAGUGGAAGUGGUCAGAAGAAAUCGUGGUCCGAAUUGAAGUCCAUAGUCAACGACAUGAGACGACAGAUGGCUUCGUUGGCGAGCAUGUUUCCAAUGAAUGUUAACUUCAGAACGUUGUCUGAUGGACGGACGAGAGUAUAUUUUCUCAGUCCACCACCCUCGAGCGGAUGGGACACUGUGUUGUUCUAUGCUGAUGUUCCUCAAAGUGAAAAGGAUAAUCGUGCCCCGAUGCGGCUGGAAUGGAGCCCUACUUUGGAACCGAUAAUUUCUCAUCUAUCUACGAGUAAUUCACGUGAAGUGCAACUGCUUCUGGAGCGGAAACGUUUGUCGAUAUGGGGCAUCACUUCCUAUGAGCUGCAUAAAUCGAGUGGAAAGAUAGUGUUCCCAGCAUGUAAUACCUUGUACCAGUGCUUGGAUACUGGCUAUGGUGAGGGAGCAUUGUUUCCAUCAGAACUGAGAAUCUUCCAGCGGUCAGCUGCCAUAGAUCCACAAAUUUGUCCACAAAACUCAGAUCUCGUGGCGUACGUAUGCAAUGGGGACAUUUGGGUUGUACAUACUCUUAGUGGCCACAGCGAGCGAUUAACCUACGCUCAUGACGGUAGAAGAUCGUUUGCUGAAGAUCCCUUGACCGCUGGAGUGCCCUCGUAUGUCAUGCAGGAGGAGUUCAGCCGCUAUCAGGGUUUCUGGUGGCAACCUAACAGUGACGACAAAAUCUAUAGAAUAGUUUACGAGGAGGUGGAUGAAAGCGACGUCAGUCUGUACACGUUCCCAUCAUCGCAAUCCGUUGGCGGAGACUACGAAGAGUAUCGCUUUCCACGGGCAGGAUCACCGAACGCAAAAUCAAAACUAAAGUUGGUUCAGUUUCGCCUUUCGGAGUCGUUGAAAAUCGUCGACAUCUGUAUUAAAGAACUGCAGUGCCCGUUGACGUAUGUGUUUCCCUGGUUGGAGUACAUCGUGCGGAUUGGCUGGACACCGGAUUCAAAAUAUAUCUGGGCGCAGCUGCUGAACCGUAUCCAGCAACGAUUGGAUUUGGUGCUGAUUCCACUGGAUAACUUCUGCGAACUGUACAGCAGUUCGUCACCUUCUCCUAUUGGAAGUAGUGGGCAACAUGCGCAGUCUACCAACUUCACGAGACCUUCAUCUUCCAACGACUACUGGAAACUUCCGCUGGACCGUUCGACCUAUCCCCUGCAGGUCAUCUACUCGGAAACCUCCAAAAACUGGGUGAACGUUAACGAUGUGCUACAGUUUCUCGAAAUAACGGACAAUGGAGUCACGUUCCUCUGGGCCUCGGAGGAAACAGGCUUUCGGCAUCUGUACUUGGUAACCUCUAGUCUUGCUGCAAGUGGCAGUAGCAAUGGUAGCAGUUCUAGAAACAAUCACACUGUCGAUAAUACUAAUAGCAAUCACUGUCAUCACAUGGAUACCAGCGUCGGAGCGGAAAGAAUCAGCAAUAGUCACUUACAUCAGCAUUAUAAUCACACAAACCUGGAUGGCUCUGGAAGCACGCUGGUACCCCGCAUUGUGAAUAAGAUGGCACUAACCUCUGGCGAUUGGGAGGUGCUGGGACGAAACGUUUGGUUUGACAGGCUGAAUCAGUUGGUCUACUUCAUGGGUCUUCGCGAAACGCCAUUGGAAAAACAUCUCUAUGCCGUCAAUUUGCAUAAACCGAACUUGCUACGGUUGCUCACCGUUCCUGGAUACUCAUUUACCGUAGAGUUCAAUGAUAACUGCACAAUGUUCCUGCAAACGUACUGCAACAUCCAGACGCUACCGUCGUGGGAGAUGAUGCAGGUCAAGCAAACAUGUCUCAACGGAAGUGUGUCCGGCCUGGAGCUGACUUCAAUGGGAUAUUUGUUCGAGGGUGGACCGUCGGAAAACACUCAAUUCAAUCCAACGAUUUACAGCCCCCGGUUGGCGUCCGGUGAAACGAUUCAUGCUAUGGUAUUCAAGCCGCACAAUUUUACGCUGGGUGUCAAGUACCCCACGGUACUGAACGUAUACGGCGGACCGGAAGUUCAAACCGUUAGCAACACCUUCAAGGGUAUGCGACAACUGCGGAUGCACAUGCUGGCGGCCCAAGGCUACUGCGUAGUCUGCGUAGAUUCGCGAGGGUCCAGGCAUCGAGGAGUGCAGUUUGAGAGUCACAUUCGCUGUCGGAUGGGUACGGUUGAGCUGAACGAUCAGGUUGAAGUGCUGAAGCUAAUCGCCGAACAGCUCGGAUACAUAGACAUGGACCGGGUGGCGAUCCACGGAUGGUCCUAUGGUGGCUAUCUGAGUUUGAUGGGCCUGGUGCAGUAUCCGGAGAUAUUCAAAUUGUCGAUUGCUGGUGCGCCUGUGACCAGUUGGGAGUUCUACGAUACGGGUUACACCGAACGGUACAUGGAUCUUCCGGAAAAUAAUCGAUCUGGUUACACGGCGGGAUCGGUGCUUAAUUACAUCCACAAGUUUCCCGAUGAAGACAACCGUCUGCUGAUCAUCCACGGUUUAAUCGACGAGAAUGUCCACUUCUUCCACACAUCACAGCUCGUCAACGGACUGAUCAAGGCGAACAAACCGUACCAGCUGCAGGUCUACCCGAACGAGCGUCACUCCUUGCGCAAUCUAGAAGCCAGCAAGCACUACGAAACCAAGUUACUGUCAUUCUUGCAAAACCAUCUGUGAGUGUCCCUGUCUGAUUCCGUUGAUAGCGCCUCUCCUGGUUCGCCAUCGAAUCACAGUGCGUCCUCUCCUAUCCACUGCUUCCGAUUUCUAGUCCGUAACAUCGUGCUUUCCUUGUGUAAGUGUUGUCCUCGAAACAAAACGAAAAAGAAUCUAAGGAAACAAUCGCUUGUUGUAACGUAAAAGUUUUUGCUCGUGUAAUUUGUUAAGAGAUCAACAAUCGACCGCACUGUGUACUCUCGUAUAAGCAAUCUAAAUACGUUUACUCUAGUAAUAGUGCCCGUUUGUUAAACUGUUGAACCGCUUUCGACUGAAGCAUCCGGCGAACGAUGUAACCGCAAUCGACUGAAGUGAUAAAGGUAACUAUGCAGCAUCAUACCAACACCUGAUACAAAAGUGGUGAUCCACAGGCUCAUUAAGUCAAGUUCACAUAGAUUUUAAAACCAUUCAUUCGUUCGCUAUCACAAAGAGGAUAAUAUCAACCAAGCAUGCCGCAAAACGAUAUUAGUCAGUCAUCCAGUCAGUGCAACGUCUUAUUCGUGUUUUAGCAAUCGUAUAGAGGAGGCAUCUGAAUGAAAUCGAAAUUAUAUACAUAUUACUAUGCAAGAUAUGUAAAGCGAACGUCUAUUUUACUCCAAGCAAAAGAAAUUAGGCAAUACAUUGUAACGUGUUCUUUAUAUGUGUAGGAAUCAUUUAUUUUUCGUUCAUUUUCCUAGCUUGUGUGACCAACAAUGAAAAACAUGAUAGAAGAUUUUCUAGCGACGCGGAUUGUUUAUUUUGUUUUUUUUUUCUCCUUAGAAUUGAUGAUUUUAUCUAAUUUUAGUAGGAAGACAGUUGAGUACUACAUAAUUGUUAUUUAGGGAUCAUUUCGUUGACUUCCUCUCAGAAGCAUAUUUUUCUAAAAAGGAAAUACGGCGAAAGUUAUGCGUACAACAAGUAGAGCGAUUUUGGAAGCAUCAUAAGUGCUGAGCUGGCGUGAGAAAGCAAAUUUAAAUAAUGAAACUCAUCAGUAGGAAUAACAGCAGAUCGAAAUAAUAUAUUUAUUGUGCACAAAAGUAUAAAAA